GUCCCAACAUUUACUAUUGAGUAUCCCUGAACCGCAUAGGAUAAAUGUCGUUGCUUAACCCGGAACAGGAUCCUGGUGUCUGGGGGACAAAGGUCUAUCGAGUGCGAGGUCUGCCAUUGACGACCACAACAGAGGUUGACGUCGCUAGCCUGCUGUCCUCGAAGCUCGGCGAUACACCGGUUCACUGUAUUCGCGUCUUCUCGCUAGCCACAGCACUGCACCUUGAGAAUGCUCCUCAGUUCAAGGUCGCAACUAUUAUGUUCGCAAAUAGCCCAUCGCUUCUCGAUGCUGGUAACAGUGCUGCGGAGUGGGUGAUUCGACCAUCAUCGUCGACGGUGGGGAGCGAGCUCGUUCUGGAUACUCAUUUUUUAGGCAUCACUCCCUUGAAUGAUGUUGAGCCAUGGAAGCAUCUCUAUAACUGCAUGACAAUUUCUGGGCUAGCAAGUCAUCCAUUUGGUUCCUGGCAACAAAAGUCGAGUGACAAGACUUUUAUGUGGAUUCGUGAUGAGCUUCCCAAGGCGCUCAAAGGCGUAAGAACGAUGCUGUAUGGCUACGACACAACACUUUAUAACAGCCAGUCAGUCCAAAAUAUAUCGGAUCUCGCGAAUGCGUUGAUUUAUUAUCUCGAGACGUACGAAUGGGGCACCUCGAAUGCCAAACCUACUGCGUUUCUCGCGCAUAGCCUUGGAGGGCUUGUAUUAAAGCAAGCGCUGGUUACGCUUGCUUACAGUAAAAACGACAUACACCAGAGGGUCCGUACUGCCAUGAAGGGCGCAAUUUUCUUCGGUGUGCCCAAUCUGGGUAUGGAUGAAGACCAUUUUCGAACCCUCGUGCGUCACAAUCUCAGCCAAGAGUCUCUGCUGGAUGAUAUUGCUCGCAAUUCGGAUUAUCUGAAUCAACUCCAUACAAAGUUCAAAGAGAGUCGUAUCGUGGAAAAGUUUCAAUGUUUCUGGGGUUAUGAGACCCUAAAGUCACCGACAGUUAGAGUGUGUAAGUACUUUACUCGUCAGAGAUUAAAUCUAAUGGAAAAUAGAGACUUUCAGGCGACGAAAUUGACCGAAAUGGUCCACCAGCAAUUUUGGUAACUCGGGACUCUGCCACAUGCAGGUACUGGAAAGAGACUGAUGACCUUGUUACUUUCUCAAUUAACGCAAACCAUUCGGAUAUUGUGAAAUUCCCGAGGCAAUCGCCAAUGUGCGAUGUCGUUGCAUCAAAGCUUUCGAGAAUACUAUCGGCCUCUGAAAAUAGUGGCGGUAACUUAACUGCAACACCAUCAUUCAUAUCUCGAGACUCUCUUCACAAUGCGAUGCAAAAUUCCAUAGACAAUUUUAAACGAACCGCCAAGAUUGCAGAAGCAGAGGAAAAUACUUUCAGAAUGAUGACAUACGACAAACUACUUGACUUUCUACGACAAAUGCAAGUAGAUCAGGAACAUAGCAAACAUGGGUUGCAGGGAAUGAUACGUAUUCAACCGUUUCUACUUUCUGCAAAGCAAUUCUGCGACGUCGUAGGGGAUAUGGUCGGGUCUACCACUGCGACAGCGUUUUUAUUUGGCCCCAUGAAACAAAUUCUCCAGGCAGUGUCUGCGACACCAGAUCCAUUUAACUUCAUUCUCGAUUUUUAUGAGGAUAUUGGAGAAUCAAUGCCCCAGCUUCAAGAAGCCCAACAGUCUUUUGUGUCGAAAGAAUACAGCACCGAAGUCAUUGUGAUGGUAUUCAAUGAUGUAUUGGAGUUUCACUCGAAGCUAAUUAGCCUCAUAAAGACGCCAUGCUGGGAAGAAUUAUUUCAUUCGUCAUGGCACACUGACAAGCUACACCUAGAACGAAUCAGAGAUAGCAUUCUACAAAGCCGACGACUUUUGGAGCACCCAGUAACUUUGCAGGAAUUUGAAGAAAUCCGGGCCCGCAAGACAACAGUACUAAACGAAAUCCAACAAGAAGAAGAUAGGAACGACAAUGGACGCUUCGCGGCUGCAAAGCAGUGGCUAGUAUCCUUUUCUUGCGAAGGCGAACUGGACAGGCAUAGGAACACCAGAUCGAUCUGUCCUAGUGCUGGCCAAUGGCUACUGGAGCACCGCGAAUUCAAGAACUGGUUUCAGGGCGACGUUUCUGCCUCACCAUUGUUUUGGCUAACUGGAAAACCUGGAGCUGGUAAAACCAUUCUCGCAUCUAGAGUUAUAGACGCCGCUCGGGCCGAAAAGGAAGCUGUUGUUGCAUUUUUCUUCUGCAAGUACGGCGAUGACUCGCGAAAUACAUUCAUCAGUAUUUCAAGGGCCAUGUUGGCGCAAAUAAUGGCACAAGUCCGCCAGCUACGGCCAUAUUUUCAUGAGCGUGCCUCAUUAAGCAGCGACGCUAUACCGACGUCGACCACCAUGGCUAGAGACAUGUUAAAAACGUGUCUCAGCAGCUGUCCAAACGCCUAUCUUAUUGUCGAUGGUAUAGAUGAGUGUGGGAAUAGAGACCGGAAAGAGAUCACUGGAUGGUUUCGAGAAAUAACACAAAGCAUCACGGAAAACAACGGAAAUUCGGUGAAAUGCUUGUUCAUCAGCCAAGAGGACUUGAUCUCUCGCAGGGCUUUGGACCCAAUUCCUACCCUUAACAUAGCCUCACAGAAUGAAAGUGACCUGAAGUCGUAUCUUAUAACAGUACAGGUUAAUCUGGAAGCGAAAUUCGGCAGUUUGCAAUACGGCGGUUCGUCAGUUGCGGACAUUCUUUAUGCAAGAGCGCAAGGAAUGUUUAUUUAUGCUGAGCUAAUGGCCAAGUAUCUUCAUGACCAGCCAAAUCGAGACGCAAUCCUGCGUGAGCUUCACCCAACGAAUUGUCCAAUUGAAUUAAACACAGUCUAUGAUAGAAUUCUUCAUCGGGUCUUCGAAUCCCGGAAUCGAAACAUGGUUUCAUAUAUUCAGAAUAUUUUGGGAUGGAUCGUGUAUGCCAAGCGACCAAUGCGCUGGCGAGAGGUACAAGGAGCCGUAUGCAUCGACAUUGAAGCGCAGGAUAUCAACACCGAUAGAAUGCUCCUAGAGCCCCCUGAGGGACUCUUUGCGUCAAUCAUUGAAGUGCGAUCAAAUGGCACCGUGGAACUUACACACACGACCGCAUACGACUAUUUGAUAAAACAAGAUUUUAUAAAGCUAAUGGAGGUUGACAACUCGCUGGCAAUUCUGUGUGUAUCGUAUUUGACGCUUCCAUGCUUUGGACUCGAGACCACGACGGAGCAAAUAAACGACCGCCUCCGAAAAGGCAUGUAUGCUUUUCAUGACUAUGCUUCCGCUUGCUGGUCAAAACAUCUUUUAGCUGCAGUUUCUCCGGCUAAACCAGAUAGUAAUGAUGGAGCUGGCCAAAAUAUGGAGAGUGUAGAGAAAGCGGCCGAAUUGCAGGAGACGCUGGAAGUUUUUGUUGGGACGCAUAUGAGCCCAUCAUCAGCAACUCUUCUACCAGUUUCUAAACGGAUCACAGAGGCCAUGGUAUUGUUUAGAGAGUCCAACUAUUUCGAUGACAUCUGCCAAGCCGUUACGUGGUCAGUGAAACAGCUUGGCAUUGGUGGCAAGGGUCCGACUAAAGAAGAAGCGUUGGAUCUAUGGAGGGUUACCGCUAACAUGCGAUCCGUUUUCGAGACAUUGUCCGGGGAGUCAGAAAUGGAAUCUCUGGCGUGCUACUACGGCACCAACUGGUUCAAAUGCCCUCGUCUGAGCUGCUAUUUUUAUCACGAAGGCUUUGCUACUGCUGCACAGCGCGAUCGCCAUGUUGAGAGGCACGAGCGUCCCUUUAUGUGUGUAGUUAUUGGCUGCCAUCUAUCCGUGUUUGGUUGCUCGACGGAGAGCGAAUUGAAGGCUCACAUUCUCAAUUAUCACGGUAUUGAUAUGAUAGAGGAGGUGGAGUUCCCGCCAUUGCCCAAAAACAGCGGCAGCAACCGGACCGCCGCGGCAAAGUAUCAGUGUGACCAAUGUCAGCAGACGUUUACUAGGCGGCAUAACCUGAAUGCCCAUAUGCGAUCGCACACGGACAUCAGAAACUUCAUCUGCUCCGUGUGCAGCAAGGCAUUCGUCCGUAGCGGAGACCGAGAUCGUCACCAGCAGGGCCACGGGGAGAAAAGGCACAAGUGUGAAGGCCUCCUGAAGGACGGCUCUACAUGGGGCUGCAAAGCCGUCUUUGCCCGAUACGAUAUUCUUGCUAGUCACUUCGGCAGUGCAAAGGGCCAGAAGUGUAUUCGGCCGCUGAAGGCUGAAAGACUGCAGGAAGCAGAGCAGAUGGGCCUGGAAGGGACUCUGCUGGACAAGUUCCUGGGAUCCAACCCAGCCAUGCUUGCUGCCGGAAGUCUUCUCUCGUUUAAUGAAUUUCUAAAAUUAUGUAAGCUAGAACCGACACCCAAGAGUACAGUGGAGAGGCAUUAGGAAGUAGUGGCCUCCAAGAUAUAAAGAGCUCUGGGUUAUAAGAAGUAUAUAGAGUUUAGUGGCGCUGAGCAUA